AUGUCUCAACCAAUUGAUAAUCAUGAUCAAGAAACCAUCAUCUUCUCCGGCAGGUCUAUUUUCGUAAACGGCCCUCUCAUCAUCGGUGCCGGUCCUUCCGGUCUAGCCGUGGCUGCCGGCCUCAAUCUUCAAAAUGUCCCCUUCAUCAUUCUCGACAAAGCCUCCUGCAUUGCAUCCCUUUGGCAAAACCGAACUUACAACCGCCUAAAACUCCACCUUCCUAAACAAUUCUGUCAACUUCCCCACUUCCCAUACCCAAAUAACUUCCCUCAAUACCCAACAAAGUAUCAGUUCAUCAAUUACCUCGAAACCUACGCAAAUAAGUUCCAAAUCGAGCCACGGUUCAAUCAGACAGUGAAAUCAGCUCGUUUCGACCAGAAAUGCGGGCUGUGGAGAGUCAAAGGAAUCUUGGGAAAUGGGGUUGACGAGGUUGAAUAUAUCUGUCGGUGGUUGGUGGUGGCGACGGGGGAGAACGCGGCUCCGAUUAUCCCGGAAUUCGACGGCGUGGAGGAGUUUGGCGGCGAGGUUAUGCAUUCGUCUGAAUAUAAGUCCGGCGAGGGGUAUAGGGAUAAACGUGUUUUAGUUGUUGGAUGUGGAAACUCGGGUAUGGAAGUCUCGCUUGAUCUUUGCCAUUUCAAUGCGAUUCCAUUGAUGGUGGUUCGAAGUUCGGUUCAUGUAUUGCCGAGAGAAAUCCUUGGGAAAUCGACUUAUGGUUGGGCAAUGAUGAUGAUGAAAUGGCUGCCAUUGAAGGUUGUUGAUAAGAUAAUGGUGGUUGCUGCAAGAUUGAUUCUUGGUGAUACAGAGAGGUAUGGAUUGAGAAGACCUGAAAUGGGUCCUUUAGAGAUUAAAGAAAGGAAAGGGAAGAGUCCAGUUUUAGAUAUUGGAAGUUUAAAGAAGAUUGAAUCUGGGAAGAUGAAGAUAGUUAAUGGUGAGAUUAAGAGGUUUGGAAGAGGUAAAGUUGAGCUUGUUAAUGGUGAAGUUGUUGAUAAGCUUCACUCUGUUAUUUUUGCAACUGGGUAUUGCAGCAAUGUCCCUUCUUGGUUAAAGGAAAAUGAUUUGUUCUCUGAAAAUGGAUACCCAAAAUGGAGAUUUCCAGAUGAAGGAUGGAAAGGAAAAGAUGGAUUAUAUGGAGUUGGGUUCACAAAGGAAGGAUUGUCUGGUGUUUCAAUGGAUGCUAUAAGAGUUGCUGAUGAUAUUGCAAAAAUUUGGAUAGAAGAAACAAGGAAAUUCAAUAAACCUUCCUCACUAUUAUAUUCUUGACCAAUUUAUUAUUAUUAUUUUAUAAAUGGUCUGAAUAUAAGAUGUUAAGAGAUAUGAUUUCUUAAUUUCUAUUAUUGUAAAUUUUAUUUUGCUAGCCCUCCCUCACAUGGAAGAUGAGGCUUUUCCAUUUUCUUUUAUACUCUUUUAU